UCAAUUUAGCCAUGACGAAGCCAAAAUCCAGGAGAAAAUCAAAUACCCAACAGGAAGAGGCAACAAAUCCAAAUGAAUUCUCCUUCAACAUAACCAGAGUAGCCGUGGCUCAGAUCUGCAACUCGGUCGGGUUCCGGCGUAGCCAGGUGACGGCACUACGCACCCUAACCCUGGUAGCCACCAAAUACCUGGAAACCCUCGCCAGGUCCGCCGCGUCAUUCUCGAACGCCGCCAAUCGCGGCAAAUCGAACCUCCUGGAUAUUACAACGUCCUCCAGGAUGCGUCCCUGCAAUUGGGUUUCAACGUGUGGCGACACUGUAUGGCGACGAUUGCUUGUUGAAGUCGGCGGUGUUGGAAGAUCUGUGUACUUUUGUCAACUCCACGGAUGAAAUACCUUUCGCCAAACCCAUCGAAGAUUUAAAAGCUUCACUGGAGAAUUUACGGAGAGGUGGACAUAUUCCCGAAUGGUUACCAGGGCUCCCUGAUGUGGGUAAUUUAGAACAAUGCAAUAAAAGGGUCGGUAAGGAAAUUUUGUGGGAAGAUUAUACUUCGGUUCUGGGACAUCAAAAUGAAGGAUUUGAAGAGAAGAUAGAUUGUAAUCAUUGUGGGAAAUUGUCAAAAGAGAGAAUAAGAGUGAAAUUCUGGGUUAAGGGAGAUAAAAGAAUGCACAUGAAUGGUUUCAGUGCCAAUAAUUUGUUUGCUCAAUGUACAGAUGAAGAGGCAGAGGUUGAGCAUAAGUUCAAGAUGAAACAGACUUUGGUGCAUCGGAGGAAAAAGAAGCUAUAGGCUGAGGCAGGGAUUUAAAUUGACGCGGAGGGAUUUAAAUUGCGAUCUACGUCUUACAAUAAUGAUUUCGAAUAACAUCA